AUGGACAGCACCAGCCUCAAUGAGAAGGAGAAGUACGAGACUGUGCUCGAGGUAGAGGAGGGCAAGUCUCAACCCAAUGCCCAGCUCGCCGGCCAAGAUCGCUCGUCCGAAGAAGAGCUGGCCGCAUUUGAUCGCAAGAUCAACCUGAAGCUCGACCUUCUGAUCAUACCGCUGGUCACGACCGUAUAUCUGCUUGCAUUCUUGGACAGAGCCAAUAUCGGAAACGCACGAGUCGCUGGGCUACAAAAGGACCUCGGACUGAGCGAUUAUCAGUAUCAAAUUGCAAUCACGGUGACCUACGUGCCUUAUAUCGCCAGCGAGAUACCCUCGAACUUGAUCCUAAAAUACAUCGGAGCUCGGAUAUAUAUCCCCUUCCUGUGCGGCGCUUGGGGAAUCAUCUCCACGCUUCAAUGCCUCGUACACAAUUAUGCAGGUCUGGUGGCAUGUAGAUUCAUGCUGGGUCUAAUGGAAGGCGGUCUGUUUCCUGGAGUGAUCCUCUAUCUGAGCAUGUUCUACCGCCGCAAAGAUCUGUCGCUACGUAUCGGCCUAUUCUGGUCGGCCGCAUCGCUCAGUGGCGCCUUCUCCGGCCUUCUCGCUGCAGGGAUUGGCAAGAUGGAUGGCGUCGCCGACAUGCGUGGCUGGAGAUGGAUCUUCUGCCUCGAAGGAAUUUUUACCGUUGCCUGGGCGGUACUCGUGUUCAUCUUGCUGCCCAACAGCCCGCAGACUGUCAAGUUCAUGACUGCCGAGCAAAGACAGCGCUGCGCUGAAAGGCUGAAGGCAGACGUUGAUAUCCUGGACAACGAGAAAGUUACUAUCCGCAAGGUUCUCUCUGUCUUCGCCAGCCCUGGCCUGCUCUGCAUCUGGCUCACGGCACUAUGCUCCGGCAUAGCGAUUUUCGGCCUCGCAUACUUCACUCCUUCCAUUGUACGCGACAUGGGUUUUGGAGUUAUCAAGACCCAGCUGAUGUCUGUCCCACCCUUUGCCGCCGCGGUACCGCUCACCAUCGUCGUCUGCUACUAUUCCGACAAAUACAACUCCCGUGGUAUUCCAAUCCUGGCCACAUAUACACUGUCCCUCAUUGGCUCCAUCAUGUUCCUCGUUGGACAUACCUUUAGCGUCCGCUACGCUGGACUAUUCUUUCUCCUCGGCGGCAUGUAUUCAAAUGUUCCUUGCCAGGUCGCUUGGAUUCCGAACAACACGGCAUCGCAUACCCGUCGGGCAACGGCUAUCGCUGUCGAAACUGUGGCUGUAAAUGUGGGCGGCAUCCUCUCCACAUGGAUUUUCCCGACCCGGGAGGCUCCGUACUAUCCGACGCUGCCCGUCUCAUACUGGCUGCCAAUAGGCAAUCAGAAGAAGAGCACUGCUGCGUAUAGGGAGAAAAUGUUGGCGGGCAUGGAGGACCUGAGCUCUGCGCAGCAGCUAGAGAAGCUUGGGGAUGCUCAUCCCGAUUACAAGUAUGCCUUGUGA